AUGGCUCCAGGUACCGUAGAGCUGCCAGAACGGCCUGCGUCAAAGGCCGCCCUGGCGUCGGUGACAGAGACAUAUGAUGAUACGCUUCGGUUUUAUUUAAACGGCACAAAGGUCACGCUGGACUCGGUCGACCCGGAGGCGACGCUUUUGGAGUACCUUAGAGGUGUAGGGUUGACCGGCACGAAGCUGGGGUGUGCAGAGGGAGGAUGUGGCGCUUGUACCGUGGUCGUUUCAUACCUCAACCCUACCACGAAGAAGCUAUAUCAUGCCUCCGUAAACGCAUGUUUGGCACCGCUCGUCAGUGUCGAUGGAAAACAUGUUAUAACAGUCGAGGGGAUAGGGAGCUCCAAAAACCCUCAUCCGGUUCAACAGAGGAUAGCUGUCGGAAAUGGCAGCCAGUGCGGGUUCUGUACACCAGGGAUAGUCAUGAGCUUAUAUGCAUUACUAAGGAACGACCCUGUGCCUUCCGAACUUGCUAUCGAAGAAGCAUUCGACGGUAACCUCUGUCGAUGUACCGGAUACCGCUCCAUUCUUGAUUCUGCACAGUCCUUCUCCACGCCAUCGUGCGGCAAAGCACGCGCAAAUGGGGGCUCGGAAUGUUGUAAAGAGAACGGUGGAAGCUGUAAUGGUGGUCUAAAGGAUGGGAAUACGGACGGGAUAACUCCAAAAUCAAUUGCGAAAUCGUUUGACACACCCGAGUUUAUCCCAUACAACGCAGAAACGGAGCUCAUCUUCCCGCCACAACUCCACCGACAUGAAUUCAAACCGCUAAGUUUUGGAAAUAAAAGGAAACAGUGGUACAGGCCGGUGACUCUUCAGCAGUUACUAGAAAUCAAGGAUGCAUACCCUGACGCUAAGAUCAUAGGAGGAAGCUCUGAGACUCAGAUUGAGAUCAAGUUCAAGGCUAGACAAUAUACACACUCUGUGUAUGUUGGUGACAUCCAGGACCUGAAACAGUACACCUUCACGGAUGAUUAUCUAGACCUGGGAGCAAAUGUCACACUUACUGACCUUGAAGAGAUUUGUGAUGAAGCUGUCAAGCGGUACGGGUCCAUUAGGGCGCAGCCAUUUGUUGCCAUUAAGAAGCAGAUACGGUAUUUUGCUGGCCGACAGAUACGAAAUGUUGCAUCUCCAGCCGGGAAUAUAGCUACUGCCUCUCCUAUUUCCGAUCUAAACCCGGUAUUCGUUGCAACUGGUACCAUUCUAUUUGCCAAAUCACUUAAGGAGGAAGUAGAGAUACCCAUGGACGAAUUCUUCAAAGGAUACCGAACCACCGCUCUCCCUCCUAACGCUAUAGUGGCAAAGUUACGAAUUCCUCUGGCCCAGGAGAAGGGUGAAUAUUUACGGGCGUAUAAACAGGCAAAGAGAAAGGAUGAUGAUAUUGCUAUUGUCAAUGCUGCAUUGCGUGUAUCUCUAUCUGACUCAAAUGUUGUCACAAGUGCGAACCUGGUAUACGGCGGGAUGGCCCCAACAACCAUGCCUGCAAAGAAAGCAGAGGCCUACAUUGUCGGGAAGAACUGGACGGACCCAGCAACCAUUGAGGGUGUAAUGGAUGCACUCGAGAAAGAUUUUGACCUCCCAUCAUCCGUACCAGGAGGCAUGCCUACAUACCGAAAAACCCUUGCCUUUGGUUUCUUCUAUCGAUUCUACCACGAUGUCCUUUCUAACAUCCAAGGUGUCCAAGUCCACUGUGAAGAAGAUGCGAUACCAGAAAUCGAGCGAGCAUUAUCAUCCGGCGUUAAAGACCACGGCGCAACAGCUGCAUACACCCAGAACGUGCUCGGAAAAGCAACACCUACCGUGUCUGCACUCCUGCAAACUACCGGAGAGGCUCAAUAUACGGAUGACAUCCCAGUACAAAAAAAUGAGUUAUACGGAUGCCUCGUUCUUUCGAAUAAAGCACGAGCUAAGAUCCUAAGCGUCGACUUCACGCCAGCAUUGGAUAUACCUGGUGUAGUUGAUUACGUGAGUGCUAAAGAUCUUCUGAAUCCCCAGGCAAAUUGGUGGGGGGCACCAGUCGCAGAUGAAGUAUACUUUGCCACUGACGAGGUUAUAACCGAUGGCCAACCGCUUGGUAUGAUUCUUGCGACGUCUGCUAGAUUUGCUGAGGCCGGAUCUCGAGUUGUGAAGGUGGAAUAUGAAGUUCUUCCUGCCAUCUUGAGUAUUGAACAGGCAAUCGAAAAGAAAUCGUUUUUUAACCACAUCGACCCUGCCAUUAAAAAGGGGGAUCCCGAAGGAGCGUUUGCUUCAGCAGAUCACAUUUACAGCGGCGUUUCCAGGAUGGGAGGCCAAGAGCACUUUUAUCUUGAAACCCAUGCGUGUGUGGUUGUGCCCAAGCCGGAAGAUGGUGAAAUUGAGGUCUUCAGUAGUACACAGAACCCAGCCGAAGUUCAAGCAUUUGUUUCCAAAAUUACCGGCGUUGAUGAGAAUAAAGUUGUCUGCCGAGUAAAAAGACUUGGUGGAGGGUUUGGUGGUAAAGAGUCGCGAUCCGUGCAGAUAGCUGGUAUAUGUGCCCUUGCUGCAAAGAAGACCAAAAAGCCAGUCCGCUGCAUGCUUAACCGUGACGAGGAUAUUGCUACAACUGGACAACGUCAUCCGUUCCUCUGCCAUUGGAAAGUUGGUGUGAGCAAAGAAGGGAAGCUUCAAGCGCUAGACGCUGACGUCUAUGCAAAUGGUGGACAUUCCCAGGAUCUCUCUCUUGGAGUUGUACAGAGAGCUCUUUCUCAUAUCGACGGAGUUUAUAUGAUACCAAACGUCCACGUCCGUGGGUACCUUUGCCGCACCAAUACUAUGUCAAACACAGCCUUCAGAGGUUUUGGAGGUCCACAAGGCAUGUUCUUCGCGGAGUCUUUCAUGUCCGAAAUUGCAGACCAUCUAAAUAUACCGGUAGAGAAGAUGAGGGAGAUUAACAUGUACAAGGAAAAUGAGGAGACCCAUUUCAAUCAGGCACUUACCGAUUGGCAUGUCCCACUUAUGUAUAAGCAGGUUCUCGAAGAAUCUGAUUAUUAUGCCCGUCAAAAAGCCGUGGAAGAGUACAACAAAACACAUAAAUGGUCGAAGAGGGGAAUAGCCAUAAUACCCACCAAGUUUGGUCUUUCGUUUACUGCUUUAUUUUUAAACCAGGCUGGUGCCCUGGUGCAUAUCUACCGUGAUGGUAGCAUUCUUGUGGCCCAUGGAGGCACGGAGAUGGGUCAAGGACUUCACACCAAGAUUGUCAUGAUCGCUGCCGAAGCGCUGAAAGUCCCUCAAUCAAGCGUCUUUAUCUCAGAAACUGCAACGAAUACCGUUGCCAACUCAUCUCCCACCGCCGCGUCUGCAAGUUCUGAUCUAAACGGCUAUGCCGUGUUCAAUGCCUGUGAACAGCUCAAUGAACGACUCCGUCCCUACCGAGAGGCGAAACCCAAUGCCACAAUGAAAGAGUUAGCAACAUCCGCAUAUUUCGAUCGUGUAAAUCUUUCAGCGCAAGGCUUCUACAAAACCCCUGAAAUUGGAUAUAAAUGGGGUGAAAACACUGGCAAGAUGUUUUACUAUUUCACUCAGGGCGUAACUGCCGCAGAGGUUGAAAUUGAUACACUAACAGGAGACUGGACUCCGUUACGCGCCGAUAUAAAAAUGGACGUGGGCCGAAGUAUCAAUCCGUCUAUCGACUAUGGUCAGAUCGAAGGCGCGUUCAUCCAGGGACAAGGCCUAUUCACGACCGAAGAAAGUCUCUGGCAUCGUGCUUCUGGGCAAGUCUUCACUCGUGGACCUGGGACGUAUAAAAUACCUGGAUUCAGAGAUAUUCCGCAAAUAUUCAACGUCAGUCUUCUGAAAGAUGUGGAGUGGAAGGAUCUCCGGACUAUUCAGCGGUCUAGAGGGGUAGGCGAACCGCCUUUGUUUAUGGGUAGUGCGGUUUUCUUUGCGAUUCGCGAUGCCCUCAAGGCUGCCAGGAAGGAGUGGGGGUCUGAGGAUGUAUUAGGCUUGAUCAGUCCGGCGACCCCAGAGAGGAUUCGUAUAUCUUGUUGCGAUCCUCUCGUUGAAAGGGGAAGAGUAGAGGACAAGGGCGACGGGUUCUUUGUUACUAUUUAA